CCUGCUGAACAGUGAACAGAGCUCAGUGUGGUGAGUCCCUCCGGUCAGAGAGGCUCAGACCUGCACUGGGGCAGAAUCAGUCCAGAAACAGUGGGGGCUUUUAUUUUGGAGUCUGGUGGCAGUUUCACUUUAUCUCUGAGGCGAAGGAGACGCCUCCUUCACAACAGUCUGGACUCUGGCUGGUCGUCCUCACUGUGGAGGAUGAGAGGAUCAUAGUGAGGAGCUGCUCCUCUUUUCCAGACUCUGAGAGACCCAAAACCUCUUUCUGUCUGAGAUGGAUCUGACGGACCAGGUCCAGAUCUGGAUCUAAGUUCUCUGUUUGAGUUAGUGAAGCUCCAGGACGGAGGAUCUUCAGGAGCUCAGAGAGUAAAAUCUCCUGGUCGAUAUCUGAACCACAGUGACCCUGAUGGAGCCUGUGAAGAAAGACAUGGAGCUGCUCAGUAACAGCAUGGCCACCUACGCUCACAUCAAAGCCAAUCCAGAGAGUUUCGCCCUUUACUUCAUGAUGGGCGUCUGUUUCGGGCUGCUCAUGGCACUCUGCCUCCUGGUGGCUGCCAUCGCCUGCAGGACUCACCGCCACCGCAGACUGCCUCCCUCCCCCGAGAGGAGGCAGCUGAAGGAGUCCAGCGAGGAAGAGGAAGAGGAAGAGGAAGAGGAGGAGGAGGAGAGCAUCGCAGACGAGGAUGGGGAGGAGGCAGAGACCCCCAGAGUGACUGCCGGGCCGAUGACGUCUAAUAGUUCUCUGAUGAGUGUUGAUGUGUUCGCUUCAGCUGACGAGCUGGAGAAGGCGAGACGUCUGGAGGAGAGAGAGCGAAUCGUCAGGGAGAUCUGGAGGAACGGGCAGCCGGACAUCCUGGUCACAGGGACGGGGACAAUAGGACGAGUCCAUUACCACUGACAGACACUGAGAAAGACUCUUCACGACUGACGGACAGAGAGAGUUCACUGAUGAACACAUGAAUAUCAGUUCACUCAUCAUGAGGAGAAACACUCCACAUGUGAAAAAGGUUUCAUAAUGUCUCAUGUUUAAUGUCUUAUGUGGGAGGGAUGGAGCUUUUUAACAUCAAAGGUUAUGUCAACCCUGGUGGGGUUUGAAAUACAUUUACAUUUACCAGUCAACAGUCAAUGAACUAACUGUAGGCCGUGGAUUGAUUCCUGACAGAGAGGUGUACAGGUGUUUCUCCAGAUCUGUGGCCAAAAUAAAAGACUUCAUCUUAGUCAUAUUUCUCAAGUGAUAAAAACACGACUGAACAAGUUUCUUCAUCUGAGGUUCAAAACACAAUCAGAGAUCACUGUCUUCACCUGAGGACUCCAUGUAAUCGGGUCACUCACCUGGUUUUCUAUCAUACCAUUCUUUUUGCAGGAAGAUCAAGUUCAAUGACCUCAGAUCAUCUGUGAUUUAAUGUAAGAAGUUGAAUACAGCUUCAAACAAACCAAUCAGAAUACAGCUACAAAUCUACCAAUUACAAUACGGCUGCAAAUCUACAAUUUAGCAGCUAAGGUUACUGACAUUUAUCAUGUUGCAUUCACCUAAGAAUCAUUAUGUUGUCAAUUGUUUAAUUUUUCAUAGUUAAAGUAACUGUUACUGAUUCAUUUCAUAACAAUAUUAAACUAUUGAUGGUCAGAAUUAGCAGUUAAUGUGUUUAUCACUGGGCUAGUCUUUCCCACAGAAACCCUCCAGUCUUUUUCCAGUCUUUACAUCAGCUUGUGUCUGUUUCCACAAAUCCCAGUAGCUCCCUCUCAGUCUGGCUACAACACUGCCCACUCUCUGGUAAAGACUUGUCUGUUUGUCCUGUAAAUAUGAUUCUCGGUUGAUUACAUGUUUCAGAAACAUAUUUUGUGUCUGCUACAGAAAAUAAUACAUACACUUCUAUAAGUUGACGUAUACGUUUCUUCACUUUCUUACAGAACAUUAGAAGAGCAUAUUAAUAUCAAUCUCAUGUCUGUAGGUAAAUAUGAAGCAAAUGGUUAGCUUAGCAUAGCAUAAAGACUGGAAACAGGAGGAAACUGCUAGUUCAGCUCUGUCCAAAUAUAAAAACAAUUCAAAGGUGGAUGUGUGGAGCCAGGAGGGGGGUUGACUGUAAGUUACUGAAUCUGAAUCCUUACUCCCUUAUCAAAUCUUAUUAGGUUUACCUGUGAAUAACUUAAGGCCAAAUUAACUCUAACAUAAACAUGUCUAACCACCAGAAAGCAGAAAUACUAGUUUUAGUGGCAGCAUUGUCAAUGUUCAAAGAUUGAGAGAAGAGGAGAGAUAAAAUGUUUGAUAAGAGAUUUGUUAGUGUUGGAGCUGAACUAAUGAGGUAUGUUGUAAAUGUUGUAACAGGCUGUCAGAACCAUCUCUACCAUCCUGUCACUUGACCCCCCCUUGUGUCUCCACUCACUUUACAUUGGCCUGACAUCAUGCUUAUAAAAGUCACUUCUCUAGCAUCUGGGAAAGUUUGACAAACAUUAAAUCUCCAUGAUUUAAAAAAUCUUACCACAAAGUUUCCACGGCAGAUUCUUCUCUGCAGUAUCACUGCAUCAUGGUUUUGUACAGAUGAUAUGAAUAAGAUAACCCUCAGGCAGAGCCAGGCUAGCUGUUUCCCCGUUUCCAGUCUUUAUGCUAAGUUAAGCUAAGAUAACCAAACCAGUGGAGAGACGAGAGAAAUAUUAAUGUUCUUCAUGUGUAGCUUGUAUAACAUUUAAAACAUUAUUUACUUACUGGCUGUAAUAACAAAUACAAUAUUGUCGUUUUUGUAUUUUGUCUCCUUCAUCAAAAGUAAAGGGUUUGGUUUUUGGCUAAAAACUAAAAGCUACUUCAGUUCAGCUUUACAUGAAAAGGUUUAAACAUGUCUGAGGGAAAAAAACUUGUUAAA